UCACUAUCUCUCCCUAUGUGCAUUAUCCUCCAAUUUCUUGAGGCCUCCCACCAAUACGACUGGACUGAAGAAGAAGAAGCACCUAUUCUCCAUCGCCCACUCCAAUAAUUAAACUACGAUUUCAAUUCACAAUCCUUUACCAGAUAGAUAGAUAUACAGAUGCUUCCACGCGACUCUGCUCCUAUCAGGCGUGCACGAACGCGCGGGAUCACUCGAAGGCUGUGCCCACAAGUAACUCGUGACGUUUUACUUUAUGGUUUACUUCUCGCUUUGAUUAAAUGAAAUGGGUCGCUGUCCACUCCGGUGGCUUGAAUUUUCUCGUCGGUUUGGACUGGGAAGUGAGAGGACUCUACUUUCCCACCUGAUCCGCAUGAUUCUUUAGCUUAUAGUGUAUGUAGAUCUUUCGAGGAUGGAGGGUUUUAGGGUUCUUGUUUUGUUCUUUCUUGGAGUGCUUUCAAAUAAGUUCAGUGUCGAUGCUUCUUCUUCGAGACCGGCUGUUGUGAAUGUUGGAGCAUUGUUUUCUCUUGAUUCAACAAUCGGGAAGGUUGCUAAGAUCGCCAUUGAUGAGGCUGUUAAAGAUGUGAAUGCGAAUUCCAGUGUUCUUAAGGGAAGUAAACUUCAUGUGGACUUCAGGAACACAAAUUGCAGUGGAUUUAUUGGCUUGGCCGAUGCUUUGGAGUUUAUGGAGACAGACGUGGUGGCUGUCAUCGGUCCUCAAUCAUCGGUGGUUGCUCAUAACAUUCUGCACAUUGCAAAUGAGCUGACGACGCCUUUUCUGUCGUUCGCAGCCACGGAUCCAUCGCUCGCGUCUCUUCAAUUUCCAUACUUUAUCAGGACAACGCAGAGUGAUCUGCACCAGAUGGCUGCAGUAGCUGAUAUUGUCGAAAAUUAUGGCUGGAGGGAAGUGAUCAUGAUUUUUAUCGACGAUGACUAUGGAAGAAGCGGAUUGUCUGCAUUAAACGACGCCCUUGCAGCGAAGCGCUGUAAAGUUUCCUACAAAGCAGGCAUUCCCCCAGGAGUCGUCACCUCGAACUACAUCAUGAAUAUUCUUGUCAAGGUUGCGAUGAUGGAGUCCCGAGUUAUUAUUCUGCAUGUGUACCCAACUGUUGGAUCCACCGUGUUUUCUGUCGCACAUUAUCUUGGAAUGAUGGAAGAAGGUUAUGUAUGGAUCGCCACCGAUUGGCUUUCCUCGGCUUUGGAUUCUGCCCCUCCUCUUCACUCGGAAUCCAUAACCAGCAAUAUGCAAGGUAUCCUUGUUCUACGACAACACACUCCCGAUUCAGAAAGGAAGAGAGCGUUCUCGGCAAGAUGGAAUAAAUUGACCGGUGGUUUGUUGGGGCUAAGUUCUUACGGCCUCUACGCUUACGACACCGUUUGGUUACUUGCACAUGCCAUCGAUUCAUUUUUUGAUCAGGGUGGGGUUAUUUCGUUUUCAAAUGAUACAAGGUUACGUUCGUUGUCGGGGAGUAAUCUUCAUCUCGAAGCGUUGAUCACAUUCGAGGGAGGUCCUCUGCUUCUGAAGAACAUAUUGGAGGCUGAUUUUGUCGGCCUUUCUGGCCCCGUCAAGUUUAGUUCUGAUAAAUCUCUCGUACAUCCUGCAUUUGAUAUAGUGAAUGUGAUCGGGACAGGUCUCCAUCGGGUUGGUUACUGGUCUAACUCUUCCGGGCUGUCGACUGUGGCUCCCGAGAAGCUGUAUUUGCUCCCGCAGAAUCAUUCCAGAGCACACCAACAGUUGAAUAGUGUUCUUUGGCCCGGCGAAUCUGCAAAACCUCCCCGCGGUUGGGUUUUUCCGAACAAUGGGAAGCUACUGAAGAUCGGUGUACCAAGAAGGGUCGGGUACUUAGAAUUUGUGGGGCAAACGCCGGGUACUAAUUCCUCCCAAGGUUUCUGCAUAGACGUAUUCACAGCUGCCGUAAACCUCCUUCCGUACGCCGUUCCUUACCAGCUCGUCCCUUAUGGGAAUGGGAGCGAUAAUCCUAGCUACGACGAGUUAGUGAGAUUGAUCACUACUGGGUUCUUCGAUGGCGUUGUAGGUGACAUCACGAUUGUGACGAAUCGAACAAAAAUCGUGGACUUCACUCAGCCAUACGCAGCAUCGGGGCUUGUGGUCGUGGCGCCAGUUAAGAAAGUGAAUCAAGGCGCUUGGGCAUUCCUGAGGCCGUUUUCUCUACAAAUGUGGGGGGUCACCGCGGCAUUUUUCAUCUUCAUCGGGAUAGUCGUGUGGAUUUUGGAGCAUCGUACUAACGAUGAAUUUCGCGGACCACCAAAACAGCAGCUGAUAACAAUCGUAUGGUUCAGCCUCUCGACUCUAUUCUUUGCACACAAAGAGAAUACUGUGAGCGCCCUCGGACGGCUGGUGCUGAUCAUAUGGCUCUUUGUGGUUCUGAUCGUUAACUCGAGUUACACUGCCAGCCUGACUUCAAUUCUCACGGUACAGCAGCUUUAUUCGCCUAUAAAAGGAAUCGAGAGCCUGAAAGAAGGCAACGAUCCUAUAGGCUUCCAAACCGGCUCCUUUGCAGAGCGUUAUCUCAGAGAUGGCAUCGGCAUACAUGAGUCGAGACUCAGACCUCUUGGCUCACCUGGAGAAUACGCCGCAGAACUUCAAAAGGGUCCCAAAAAUGGCGGUGUUGCUGCUGUGGUCGAUGAACGUCCCUACAUUGAGCUUUUCUUGGCGAGCCAAUGCAAAUACCGAAUCAUCGGGCAAGAAUUCACCAAAAGUGGCUGGGGCUUUGCAUUUCCCCGCGACUCUCCCCUCGCCAUCGACCUGUCAACUGCGAUUCUGACACUAUCCGAGAAUGGAGACCUGCAAAGAAUCCACGACAAGUGGUUGAUAACGCAUCCCUGCGCAUCAGACAACACGGAGCUCGAAUCUGAUCGCCUCCACCUCAAGAGCUUCCAAGGCCUUUUCCUUCUCUGUGGAAUCGCUUGCGUAAUCGCUCUGCUGAUCUACUUUGCACAGAUCAUUCAUAAGUUCCUGCAAGUCGAACACGAUGAGAAUUUAUCAGAAGGAACGAGCAGCUCGCGCUCAAAGAGGUUUCAGACGCUGUUGUCAUUAAUCGAUGAGAAGGCGGAUGUGUCGAGGAGCGACAAGAAACGGAGGAAGGUGGACAAAUCGUUGAGCGAAGGGAACCGCGAAAUCGACCUGGAAAAGCAUUCUAGUGUAAGAAGACACUCCCAAAGUUUUUCUGAGAACACAUCUUAGGCUCCAAGAAGUGCAACUCAAACUGUAGUUAUGAAUAGUAUACGAGCAAGACAACAGUUAUUCAAUAGAAAAGCAUUUGAUAUGUGAUAGAAAUUUAUCAUCGUAAGCAUACAUAUUCGUCCUCAAUGACAAAAACAAGAAUUCAAUUUAUCGAAA